GUCCAGACUUAUUCUCAUGUUUAUUUCUGAAGCUCUGGCUGAUGCUGCCAUCUGGAUUCUCUUUCCCUCAAGGCACAUCGCCUGCGUUCCCGGCUGUAAGGCCAUCUGGCCUCAGUCCUCAGUCCUCACGGCGGAUUCUUUAUAGGUCUCAGAUUCCCUUCCGAGGCCUUGAGGUUUGGGCUGCCCUGGAGGACAUGGCCUGGGCCCCUGACAACGUGCGGAAAUGGUCAACCCUGGCGCUGCUGGCCCUCAUGGGCACAGCCCUGACAGCGGCCAUCAACCCUGGCUUCUCGGCCAUAAUCUCCCAGAAGGGUCUGGACUUCGCAUGCCAGGAGGGUGUGACCGAGCUGAAGAAGGAGCUAGAAAACAUCAAAGUUCCCAACUUCUCUGGAAUCUUCAAGACGAAGCAUCUAGGGAAAGGUUCCUAUGAGUUCUACAGUAUGACAGUGGACGGAUUUCACAUCCCUAAUUCCCGGAUCCGUCUGCUGCUCACGGACAGGCUCCAGUUGUCCAUCAAGGACGCCAGCAUCAAGAUCAGAGGGAGAUGGAAAUCAAAGAAGAACUUCCUCAAAGCCAGAGGCAAGUUUGAUCUGAGCCUCCAAGGCGUCUUCAUCUCCGCUGACCUGCAGCUAGGCAGGAGCCCCCCAGGCCGCCUCAGCGUGGAAUGUUCUGCCUGCAGCAGUCACAUUGACAGGGUUCAUAUCCAGAUCUCGGGCAGCAUGCUGGGGUGGCUGAUUCAGCUGUUCCACAAGAAAAUCGAGACUUCCCUGAGAAACAGCAUCAAUGAAAAGAUCUGCAGAAUUGUGACCAUCUCGGUGUCCACCAAGCUGCAGCCUUACAUCCAUACUCUUCCAGUGGUUGCCAGAGUGGAUGAAAUGGCCGCAAUUGACUACAGUUUGCUGACUCUUAGAACCACAGUUGAGUUCCUGGAAGGGCAGCUAAAGGGGGAGUUUUUCUGGAGGAGACACCACGACCCACUCCCUAUUACCCCACCAGCAAUGAGCUUCUCCCCCAACAAGAGCUACAUGGUACAACUGGGCAUCUCCGACUACUUCUUUAACACUGCCGGGUUGGCAUAUCAAGAGUCUGGAAUUUUGCAAAUGACCCUGAGGGACCAGAUGUUGCCAAAGGAUUCCAAAUUCCGACUGAAUACUGAGUUCUUUGGGACCUUCCUGCCCAAGGUGGCCUUGAAGUUCCCCAGCACAGAGGUGCAGUUGCUGAUCUCCGUUUCCUCGCCUCCACGCCUGAGCAUCCAGCCCUCAGGCCUCUUACUCGACCCUGCCCUGGAGACCCAGGCCUUUGCUGUGCUCCCCAACUCCUCCCUGAUCCCUCUUUUCCUGGUUCACAUGAACACAACUGCCUCUUUGGAAGUGGACGCUGAAGCAGACAGGCUUGUUGGAGAGAUGAAGCUGGAAAAGCUGACGCUAGAACUGAAGCAGUCUGACUUCGGCUCCUUUAAGAACACAUAUGCAGCCUGAGCGCCGGGAACCCGCACUUCUGCAAACCCAAGCGGUGAAACUCAUUUGUGUUUCUACCAUUCGGCUCCCGAUUCAGAACACAGCCUUCCUGGCUUUUCAGGAGGCCUCUUUAAUUAAAAUUCAGAAUUCCCUGGUCCCCAGAACCUCCCUUUCCUGCCUCACACUUUGGUUACAUUCCUACAAUAUCCUGUUUAAUGGUUCCCUACUAUUGCUUGGUGUCAAAUUGUGCCACACCCCCAAGUGAGUGCCCUGCUGUUGCACUUGGUAGUUUUGCUGGUUUAUUAUUUGUGUUAAAUUGUCUUGUGGAAGAAUCUUGCUUCUCAGGUUUUGCUUUUACUCCAUGUUAUUGCCUGCUCCCCGGCCCCCAACAGGAGGGAUGUAUGAAGUCUGUUACUGCCUAAAAAACACACAUUUGAAAUAAAGGUCUGCCUUCCUUCCUUCCUUCCUUCCUUCCUUCCUUCCUUCCUUCCUUCCUU